AUGGCUUCUCCGCCGCUUCAGCUCGCCGCCGCGCCCUUGCUGUUGCUGCUGCUAGUAGUGGUCCCGGGCACACGGUCCAGCCGCGUCUUUUCGGUGGCCGACUAUGGUGCGGCGGGCGAUGGGUCCCGCUACGACACGGCGGCGAUCCAGGCCGCUGUAGACGCCUGCGCGGCGGCGGGCGGGGGCCGCGUUCUUCUCCCGGCGCCGGGCAACUACCUGACAGCGACAGUCCACCUCCGCUCGCGGGUGGUGCUGGAGGUGCCCCCCGGCGCGCGGCUUCUGGGCGGGACCAGGCAGGCGGACUACCCGCCCGAGUCGCGCCGGUGGUACCUUGUGCUGGCCGAGAACACCACGGGCGCCGGCGUCACGGGGCGCGGCGAGAUCAACGGCCAGGGCGGGGCGUUCGUGGUCACGCCCAGCGAGGUGAAGAACGUCAUGGUGAGCUGGAACGCCACCGGCGACUGCCUGGGCGAUGAGUGCCGGCCGCGGCUUGUUGGUUUCAUUGACUCCAAGGAUGUUAGGAUCCAUGACAUCACACUCAACCAGCCCGCCUACUGGUGUCUUCACCUUGUCAGAUGUGACAACACAGUCAUCCACAAUGUGUCCAUAUUUGGAGAUUUUAACAGUCCCAACAAUGAUGGCAUUGACAUUGAGGAUUCUAACAACACUAUUAUAACUGAUUGCCACAUAGACACCGGAGACGAUGCUAUAUGCCCAAAGUCGAUCACUGGACCGGUUUACAACUUGACGGCAACAAACUGUUGGAUCCGGUCUAAAUCUUGUGCUAUCAAGUUCGGAAGUGCAAGCUCCUUCGACUUCAAAAGGCUGGUUUUCGACAACAUUACAAUAGUUGAUGCACAUCGAGGACUUGGGAUGCAGAUCCGGGAUGGAGGGAAUGUGAGUGAUGUGGUGUUUUCGAACAUUAAAAUGAGCACCAGGUACUACCAUCCUUUAUGGUGGGGAAGAGCCGAACCAAUCUACAUCACAACUUGCCCAAGGCACCCAGAUUCAAAAGAAGGCACCAUUUCAGACAUAAGAUUCAUCAACAUCUCAUCGGUAUCAGAAAAUGGAGUUUUUCUGGCUGGAUCGAAGCAUGGGCUGCUCUGCAACCUGAAAUUCAAGAACAUAGACCUUACCUACAAGCGGUGGACAAACUACACUGGAGGGCUCUAUGAUUACAGGCCUGGGUGCCAGGAGAUGGUGAAGCACAAGACUGGUGGCAUGAUGCUGGAGCAUAUCUCUGGCCUGGAGAUUGAUAAUGUAUAUGCUAGAGCAGAGGUUCAUGAUAUCAUAGCUGGCUGUGUUAUUGAGGUUGCUCGGCUGGACUCUGGAGGUACGUUUUUCUGCAGGCUUGUAAAUGUUUUUGUCCAUGUGAUGGGUGAUGUAUUUCCUGAGUUAAAAGACAAUGAAAAGAAGAUCAAAGAUAUUAUUAGAGAUGAAGAAGAAAGCUUUGAGAAUACUCUAGCAAAGGGUUAUGAAAAAUUUAAGAAAGCUGCAGAUGCUGUUAAGGAUAAUGGUGGAACUGAUGCAUUUGUUCUUUGGGACACUUAUGGUUAUCCAAUUGAUCUGACUGAGGUCAUGGCAAUCGACUAUGGGCUGACUGUUGACAAGGAGGGUUUUAAUGCUUCUAUGGAAGAAGCGAGGCAAAAAGCUAGAAAUUCUCGCAACAAGUCUGGAGGAAACUCUAUUGCUAUGGAUGCGAAUGCUACAGCGCAGUUGCGCAAAGUUUUUGUGGCCCAAGAAUACAUUACUACUGCUACUGGUGAUGAGGACUUUGGCCUUGUGCUGGAAAGUACAAGUUUCUAUGCCGAACAGGGUGGCCAGAUAUUUGACACUGGAAGCAUUGAGGGGUCUUUUGGAACUUUCAAUGUGAACAACGUCCAAGUGUUUGCUGGCUAUGUUCUACAUAUUGGCUCAUUUACAAAAGGUUCCAAGGUUUUGUCUCUUGGUGAUAGUGUGAUAUGCAAGGUUGAUUACAAUCGCCGCACACUGAUUGCUCCAAACCAUACGUUUUCCCACAUGUUGAACUUUGCUCUAAGGGAAGUACUUGGUGAUCAUGUUGACCAGAAGGGUUCAAUUGUUCUACCGGAGAAGCUGAGAUUUGAUUUCUCUCAUGGUACACAUAUCACAAAUACAAGAGAUGCUAAAGCAUUCGCACUCUUAUCUGAGGAGGGUAUUGCAAAAGGUGUUAGGAGGAUAACAGCCGUGACUGCUGGAUGUGCCACCCAGGCUAUGGAGUUGGCAUCAUCUAUUGAUUCUGAUAUCAAUGAAGCAUCUCAGUUGGAGGGAGCUUUUUUGGAAAAGAAAAUUGCUUCCAUCAAGAGUGGGCUGGAUGCAACUGCUAUCCCUGCUGCGAAAAAAGCUGAUUUGAGAGGCAAGGUUUCAAAGUUAGAGGAUGAACUUAGGAAGGCAAAGAAGAAAAUGGGUGAGCAAAAUAUACAAAAGGCUGUGAAGUCUGCAAUGGAUGCCGCAGAAGCUGCUCUUUCAGGAAAUAAGCCGUUUUGUGUUACUCAUGUCGAUGUGGGUCUUGAUACCACAGCUGUUCAGGAGGCGGUUAUCAAAGUCAUGGACCAGAAGGGUUUGCCUAUAAUGUUAUUCAGCACUGAUGAGGCAUCAAACAAAGCUGUUAUCUAUGCUGGUGUGCCUCCCAAUGCUCCUAGCGGCUUCAAGGUGUUGGACUGGCUAACACCUUCAAUUGCACCACUCAAGGGAAGAGGGGGUGGCGGCAAGAACGGCAUCGCCCAGGGCCAGGGAAGUGAUGCUUCUCAGCUAAGGAAGCAAUGGCACUUGCGAACAGCAUUGCUUCAGUGA